UAUUCCUCUGCAGCAAAUCAUCAAAAUCCGGCCAGUCCAAUUCCCGCAUUCAUCACACAAUCAGAAACAGAGAGAGAGAGAGAGAGAUAGAGAAUGGCCACCAGCAGCAUCUACACGACCGCUCCGGCCUUUGCUGUGGUCGGUACCAUUGCCCUCAAGAGAUCCCUUGGAGUCUCACAAGCUCCUGUCCUCGGGCUGCCUGUGAUUGCGACCAAGGGGAGAGUGAGAUGCUCGGCGGAUGGAAAGCAGGAGAGUGGAUCCAUCAAGACCAUGGGAGCGGCAUCUCUCCUCGCGGCCGUUUCAUCGGCAGCAGCUUCGAGCCCGGCCAUGGCUCUAGUGGAUGAGAGAAUGAGCACAGAGGGAACGGGGCUCCCAUUCGGGCUGAGCAACAACCUGCUUGGUUGGAUCCUGUUGGGGGUGUUUGGCCUCAUCUGGUCCUUCUACACCGUCUACACGUCGAGCCUCGAUGAAGACGAGGAGUCCGGGCUGUCCCUCUGAGCCACUUGUACUGUAUUAACCUUGUAUAGCAAGGUUUAGAUGUAUCAGGAAGAGAUGCAAUGUGAAAUUCCUCGAGGGAUUUGGAUGCCUCGCACAUUUUCUGUAUGAACUAUGCUUCCACACAUCAAUUCUGUCCACUUAGCACAUUUCACUC